AUGCUGCUCGACAAUGGCGCCGACGUUAAUGCCGAAGGUGGAGUCUGCUGCAAUGCGCUACAGUUGGCUUCAAUGGAAGGUCACGAGCAGGUAGUUAAGACACUACUUAACGCAGGUGCCAACGUUGACAUCCAAAGUGGAGCAUACAAUAAUAACGCACUAUAUGCAGCUUCAGAGAAAGGCCACGAGCAGCAGGUAGUCAAGGUACUACUUGAUGCAGGCGCUAAUAUCAAUGCCCAAGGUGAAGAGUAUAGCGAUGCUCUAGAGGCAGCUUCAAUGUACGGCUAUGAGCAGAUUGUGAAGAUGUUACUUGAUGCAGGCGCC